AUGGUCAACCAAAGCUCUCCAGCGGGCUUCCUCCUUCUGGGCUUCUCUGAACAUCCAGGGCUGGAAAAAAUUCUCUUCGUGGUUGUCUUAACAUCCUACCUCCUGACCCUGGCCGGCAACACCCUCAUCAUCCUGCUCUCUGUGCUGGACCCCGGGCUCCACUCUCCAAUGUACUUUUUCCUCUCCAACCUCUCCUUCUUGGACCUCUGCUUUACCACAAGUUGUGUCCCCCAGAUGCUGGUCAAUCUCUGGGGCCCAAAGAAGACCAUCAGCUUCCUGGGCUGCUCUGUCCAGCUCUUCAUCUUCCUGUCCCUGGGGACCACUGAGUGCAUCCUCCUGACAGUGAUGGCCUUUGACCGCUAUGUAGCUGUCUGCCAGCCCCUCCACUAUGUCACCAUCAUGCACCCCCGCCUGUGCUGGCAACUGGCAUCUGUGGCCUGGGUCAUUGGACUGGUCCAAUCAAUAGUCCAGACACCACCGACCCUCCACCUGCCCUUCUGUCCCCACCAGCAGAUUGAUGACUUUUUAUGUGAAGUCCCUUCUCUAAUUCGACUCUCCUGUGGAGACACCACCUUUAAUGAGAUCCAGUUGGCUGUAUCCAGUGUCAUCCUCGUGGUUGCACCACUCACCAUCAUCCUUGUCUCUUAUGGUGCCAUUGCCAGGGCAGUGCUGAGGAUUAAUUCUGCCAUA